AUGGGCAAGUGCAGCGGGCGCUGCACGCUGGUCGCCUUCUGCUGCCUGCAGCUGGUGGCUGCUCUCCAGCGACAGAUCUUUGAUUUCCUGGGCUACCAGUGGGCUCCCAUCCUGGCCAACUUCCUACAUAUUAUGGCUGUCAUCCUGGGCAUCUUUGGCACCGUGCAGUAUCGAUCCCGGUAUCUCAUUCUGUACGCAGCCUGGCUGGUGCUCUGGGUUGGCUGGAACGCCUUCAUCAUCUGCUUCUACCUGGAGGUUGGACAGCUGUCCCAGGACCGGGACUUUAUCAUGACCUUCAACACAUCCCUGCAUCGCUCGUGGUGGAUGGAGAAUGGGCCAGGCUGCCUAGUGACUCCUGUUCUGAACUCCCGCCUGGCACUGGAGGACCACCAUGUCAUCUCCGUCACGGGCUGCCUGCUUGAUUAUCCUUACAUUGAAGCCCUCAGCAGUGCCCUGCAGAUCUUCCUAGCUCUGUUCGGCUUCGUGUUUGCCUGUUACGUCAGCAAAGUGUUUCUGGAAGAGGAGGACAGCUUUGACUUCAUCGGUGGCUUUGACUCCUAUGGGUACCAGGCGCCGCAGAAGACGUCGCAUUUACAGCUGCAACCUCUGUACACGUCGGGGUAGCUUCUGCCCGGCACCUACCCGCGUACCUGGGCAACUGGAGUUAGAAGCCGCGCCGUAAGGGAGCUCGGAUCACUAUGGGCAGGUGCGCUCCUUGGCUGCCCACGGCCUGACUGCAACUUAUGCAGCAUCUCCUGAAUCUGCCGCCCCUGGAGCAAAUGCGGACUAAGACUCGAACUUGGACUUGACCCUGGCUCUGGCCAUGGCCCUUAGCAGCUGGACUUCAGGGUUGGGACUGGGGGGAGGGGGAAUCGCUGGGUUUGUAUUUUUUUUAAUCUCAGCCUUGGUACGUGCCAGGGUCUUCCUCUUUCUUCAGAUUCGCUCCUUACUUAGUACUUUGCCCUCACUCCAAACAGCAAGACAGACGGACUCAUCCCCAUCUCAUCCCUCGUGUACCUGCACUGGGGAACGACACUAUGAACUAGGAGCAGGAUUCCUGGGCUCCAGCUGCAGGGGCAUCUCUGGCAUCCUGCGUGACAUCUGGCAGAGCCUUUGCUCUCUCUGGGCCUCAGUUUCCCCACCUCAGAUAAUUAAAAUAAUCCCUGGGCAGAUGACACUUCUGGCACACUCAUUUCUCAAUUCCCUGGGCUACAGUGCAGAUGGGAAAACUGAGGCCCAGAGACAUGAAGUGACUUGACUUGCUUGAAGCCACACAGUAAGGCUUUAGUGGAGGCAGGCUUUGAAUCCCGCAGACUGUAGUUUUAAACUCUGCAACCCAGGAUCCGGCCUCCGGACUUGGUUUACACACCCCCUUGCAGCGUGGGCAUUCCCACACACUCACAUGCCAUCACCACCACUCACCAGCUCCACUCUUAAAGCAAUAUACCAGUUUCUUCUUUUGUUGGGAACCAGACAGACAGAGCCCAAAGCCUAGAGUUCAGCCUGACCCACAGGAAACCUUUGUAGUCUCAGCCUGCCCUUCUUUGGCAAACCUUCGAACCUCAUCCUCCAGGAAAGCAGGGCCACCCUCUCAUCCUACCCUCCACCAGGUCCUUAAGCCUGGGUCUCCUAUCCCAUGAUCCUCUGCUGCUACCCCGCCCCCUUCCCCUAGCAAUCCAACUAAACUCUACAAGUACUUCACCAUUGUGGUCUCAGAGGGGAAGAAAAUGGUGUCCAGGAGCACUGAAGGGGCAGAGUGGGGGUGUGGGUGGAGAGUCAGCACCCCACCCUUCCUGGGAACAAGCAGAGAGGAGGCCUGUCCUCAUUACCUCCUUCCACAGAGGCCCUGAGGACCCUGUGUCCUGAGUACUGCUUGGUGAGUUAUGUCCAGAGAGUAGACAUCAGUGCCCAAUCUCUGGAACUGGAGCCACCCUAACUAGGAAGCACAGGAACCUAUCAGAGAGCUUGGGCAGUGGAGACAGUUCAUGCCACACCGUGGUGACCACAUCCUUCCCAUUCUCCACUCCAGGCUUUCCUGAGCUAGGAUGGCGAACUUACUCCACUGUCCCAUCAAAAAUGCCACACAGAACAGCCCAGCCCAGGAGCCCCUCUGGUCCUCACAGGUCCCUGGCUGGUGGCCCAAAUUAGAGGGCGACAGACUUCCUUUAGGCCAGGCUGCCUCUUGCCACCUGCAGCCCUGGCUUCUCCCAUCCCUUCCCCAGGCCUCUUUCUACUGAAGGGUUUAGCCACUGAUGCUUUGAAGACUUUCGGUUUUAUAAGCCGGGUUUUGUAGAGGGACUGGGUUUGCUUCUCAGUGAGACCUUGUGGACUGGGACCUCCCUGGUAUCCAUGCAGGUGGUUUG